AUGGCAUUUCCCCCGAGUCCAAAUAUCGAUUUCACUUCGAACCCCUCAAUGGACACUCCACAUUUUUUGCAGAUUCUCCAGGAAUCAGUAGGUGUUUCUCUGCACGACACGGGUUUACUUUCCUUGUCCGACUUGUCAACCGUCGUUGGAUGUACUGAGAGAGGUGAUCCGCUUCACCAAGACAUGGUCAUGACGAUCGAUCGAACAAUCAACGCCAUCGAUUUGUUGUUGGCACAAAUCAACAAAGACAUCUCUCUUAAAUUCUCUUCCGGUGGAGAACAAUCUGAAAUUCACGAUAUCAAUCACGGGUUCGAUAUUUUGGUCGGUGGAGCAGGAACAUUAGAGAUGAUCCAAUUCACUAACCAGCGCCUAAUAAAUCAGAACAGUUUAAAACUUGCUUUCCAAUAUCCACUCACAUGCGAAACUAUCGCAAGUGAAGUGGCGUCCGUCUUGGUUUUCAUCCGAACUUCAAUCAGGAAAUUCCGAUGGAUAUCUCCUGCGGAUUUCCGACUUGACCAGAUAAUAAGGCCUUCAGAUAUGAUACCAGUUGUUCAAGGUUUUUAUUCAGGUUCUUUAUCAACGACCAAGGAAACAAUCCAGUUCUUCAGGAAUGUUUUCAGAUAUCAAUUAUCGUUAGGAAUAUCAAAUCCGAUCAUGAUCUCUAUUCUCAGUGAAGAAUUAUCUCGAUCAAUCAACGGUCCAUCCCGAGAUCCAUUGAAACGGUUGGAUCUCGCUUUGAAUAUGCUAAGACAAUGUGACACGACUACGCCUGAUACUGGACCGAGAGAUGAUGGCCCGUUGACGGAAUGGAAUCGACCUACAAGAUUACCGACUCGUGAUAGAGGUAGGGAGGUUUCCGUGGGUAUGUUCAGAGUUGGAGAGGUUCCCACAAAAUCAUCUCUUCAAACACCAGGAAAGACAAUGAGAUCGCAUGGACCCCCAAGUGGGAAAAUUGUCUCCCUUCCUCUGAAACCCAUGAACGGCUCCUCGGUCAAUCCUAUUGAUCGUGGUGCAAGAUUGGGCAGGGUACCUCAGUAUGAUACUCAACAACAAACUUCAGGUGUUAUAAUACGACCUGCUCUUCCCUUUGCUCCCGUCACCGUUCAUGAUCCAUAUCUUCCUUCAACUUCUCAUGAAGGGCAUGGAGACUCAAGAACCCUAACAUCGGUCCCUAUUGACCUCGACACGUUUCCGGACCCUACGUCCAAUGGAAAUACUGAUUGUAUCCAAGGUGUCAGACCACUGAAUUUCAGCUAUGGCGACGCAUACAAGACGUACAAUUGGUCAAUCAACCCCCGUAAUCAGCAUACGGAAACUCCAUCUCAUCCUGUUCAUGAAUCAUGA